AUGAUUCGGCCACGUUUUUCCUGCAAUAAAGGCGCUGUUUGGCGUCUAAACAUUCAACGAAGGCCCGUUUCUCAGCUCCUUCGUCCGAGUCGAUUUGGCGAAUUUUGCAAUUGUACAGUUUAUAGCAUACAAACACGUUUCAAUUCUACAAAUUCACGUUCGUCUUAUACAGCUCCUUCUCAUACAUCAAAUUCGGCUUCUUCUGGUCGUAAGAAAGGUUCUUUUGGGUGGAAAAAGAUCAUUUCGUUGACUAUCAUUCUUGGAGCCACAGGAUACAGUGUCGGUGUUUGGUAUGCGUUUAAGGACAGACACUUCUAUGAUUUUUUUUCAAACUACUUUCCUUAUGGAAAACGUUUAUUGAGUGCAAUUGAAGAUUCCGACUUUGGUCGAAAAUAUCUCAAUGCUGGUCUCGUUCUUGUUCGAACCGUUCCGCUCCCUCCUUCCGCGAAGGCAAAAGAAGAGGAGUCUAUAUCUGUGCAAAUUGCUAACACGCUUGCGGACAUGGGCAAAACGGAAGAGAAGGGAGAAAGUCGCCACUUCAAGUUAACACAUCUUGUUCCUCCCGGAGACAGCUUUGUUCAGCCAGCGAUUGACAUUGGAAGUGACCUUGAGACGGGUGUUUCUGUGACGAGAAUGCCUCCCGUAGUAGAAACGUUGAACAAAGCACAAGUUGCAGAAUUCAAUGAUACCAAAGAAGAGUUGGGAAAAACAAGCUCUCGUAUACAAGCGCUUGAGGAGGAACUUCAACUGCUAAAAGCUUCGCAGGAAGAGCUGCUUGAGGUCAAAAAGGAAGAGUGUGAAGCUUCGUACAAACAACGACUUGAACAAGCAGAACACGAGUAUGAUGAACUGUGGACGAAAAGCUUUGAUAAAGAGCGCGAGCGGCUACAGAAUCUGUACAAGAGUCGUCUUCAACUGGAGCUCACCAAAAGUAUGAAUAUCUUUGAGGAAAAGCUUCAGAACGAACUCCGCGAACAAGCUCUCGAACUGGAACGUUUGAAUGCAAUGAAGGUCACUAUGAUGGUAGAAACAGAGCGGCAAGGCAGACUGGGCAAACUUCAACAGGUCCAAGAAGGCUUGGAAAAGGUGCAACAGUUAGCUUUUGCAUCUGUUGCGAGAGCACAGCAGCUUGAUCAAGCUGCCAAGCUUGCAACUGCCAUUGAUUUACUGAGUAACGACAGUGUUCAUUCUAAGCACGAAGCUCUAAAGUAUAUAUCAGGCUUACACUGGAACGAUCCUUUGGUUCAAAAAUCGGUUGCUAUCCUUCAAAACACAUUUUCUCGAGGCGGAAUACCUUCGCUAGCAGAGAUUCAUUCUCGAUUUGACGUUUUAAGUGAUGAACUUUCACGCACUGUCCAUGUUCAACCCAACACCGGACUGCUGUCUCAUUUAUUCCACACACUGCUAUUCCGGUUGCCAGUGAUCGAAAACCAAGUCAGCAAAAACAGCAGUGUGACGGGAGUCCUACUCCGUGCUCGCAGUGCCUUACAUGCCAAUAAUUUAGAGGCGGCUGUUUAUGAACUUUCGCAAUUAGAUCCUUGGCAUCGUGCGCUUACAAAGGAUUGGGUUUCCACUUGCAGACAACGAUUAGAGCUCCAGCAAUCACUGGAGAUUCUGAUGGCAGUCUCAGCCUUACGGGCAUGCACUACUUCAGCUGCCUGA